GGCGAAAUUUGAAACCAAGAUGGCGGCGAGCAUACCGCUGUCAUUAUGGAUGUCACCCUCAGCUUCACUGGGCUGUAGGUCUCUUUUGACAAAGCAACUAAAGCUGCUAAAUUUUCUAACGGAACUCUGCAGACGAGGGUACUCCGUGAAAGCCCAGCAGGCGGUGGAGGAGAGCGGUGUCAGCACCGUAGAGUUCAGCGGCCCUCUGGAUCACUACAACGGGCUGAUCAGAGACGGGACACUGCGGGAGGAUGAACAUCAGAAAUUGGUGCUGCAGAAACUGGACCAGCUGCACAAAACACUGAGAGGAUACAGCAACACAACGACAUCCAUCUUCUCCAAGUUUUUCGCAAAACCCAAACCCCCAAAAGGCUACUAUAUCUAUGGCGAUGUUGGCACAGGAAAAACUAUGGUCAUGGACAUGUUUUAUUCAUACGUGGAGACUGAAAAGAAAAAGAGGGUUCAUUUCCACGGCUUUAUGUUGGAUGUGCAUCGAAGGAUCCAUCGUCUGAAACAGAGUAUGCCCAAAAGGAAAGCAGGGAAAGUGGCCAAAUCCUAUGACCCCAUUGCUCCAGUUGCUGAGGAGAUCAGUGAAGAGGCUUGUGUUCUGUGCUUUGACGAGUUUCAGGUCACUGAUAUCGCUGAUGCCAUGAUCCUCAAGCAGCUUUUUGAGAAUCUGUUUCUGAAUGGUGUUGUUGUUGUGGCCACUUCUAAUCGUCCCCCUGAAGACUUGUAUAAAAACGGGCUGCAGAGAGUCAACUUUGUGCCUUUUAUUGCUGUGCUGCAGAAACAUUGCCAAACUCUCCGUCUGGAUUCUGGGAUAGAUUACCGCAAAAGGAACAGACCCUCUGCUGGAAAACUCUAUUUUCUCUCCAGUGAGCCUGAUGUAGAAGUGACUUUAGACAAGAUGUUUGAUGAGCUGGCUCUGAAGCAGAAUGACAUAACACGACCAAGAGUACUGAACGUUCACAACAGGAAAGUCCGUCUAAACAAAGCAUGUGGGACCAUUGUAGACUGUACGUUUGAGGAGCUCUGUGACAGACCUUUAGGUGCCAGUGACUACCUGGAGAUGUCCAGGCUGUUUGACACAGUCUUUAUUCGACACAUUCCUCUGCUCACGCUGAACAAGAAGACUCAAGCCAGGCGGCUCAUCACACUCGUAGAUGCACUCUAUGAGCACAAGGUGCGGGUGGUGAUCCUUGCAGAACACCCUCUGGAGGAUAUUUUUGUGCACAACGGUGAUCAAUGUCAUGACGAGAGCCACAUUCUGAUGGAUGAUCUGGGGCUGAAAAGAGAAGAAGCCAGCACUCUAUCCAUCUUCAGUGGAGAAGAGGAAAGGUUUGCCUUCCAGAGGACAGUGUCUCGACUCACAGAGAUGCAGACAGAAGAAUAUUGGGUGGAAGGGGACAGAAGCACAAAGUCACAGGUUUAAUACUGUGGAAAAGUCAACCACACAACCUCCAUGCUCCAUACUCUGUGCUCCUCUCUGCCAAAAACUGAACACUACUCCUACUCAUCCAGCACAAACCCAGCGCAAUUACUUAACAGUAUGUCAUUGUACAGAGAAUAUUUAUUGAUAUCUUAAAGCCUUUUAUCACUUUUUUUGCAACAUUGCACUUUACAGAUCAUUUUAAAGUGAACUUUAGAGUGCUAUAUUGCUUUUACCUCUGUUAUAUAGUGGUCCAACUUUAUUCACUGUUAAAAUGUCUGGAAAGAAGCUGGAUAACUUUUAGAAAUGGAGCAAUGACAGACUUAUGGAGAUUUAAGGGGCAUUUUGUCUCGUCUCUUUUGAGAAUUCAACGAGUUCUAUAUAUUUUCCCAUAAACCUGAGCACAGUGGCAGCAGACUGGCUUGAAGCUGUUUGUUUAUUUCUGAUGAUUUACUGCGUGUGAUGGUGCUUGUGAAACGUUUGUCUCAGCACGUCUCACAGAUUGACUGAACAAUAACAUUUGACUCCGCUCAUCAGUAUUUUCAUUUGCUUGAAGAAAAGGUGUAAAACGUUGCAGUUCAUAUUACUUCCAGACACAGAGCUGUUGUUCCAGGGUAAGUACGUAUAUUUUAUCUGCUUUCUUUAGUGAGUGUUGGAGAUGGUUGAUGCUUAAGUGUCUACAUGAAUUUGCAUUAAUCUCUUUAUCAUUUAAAACAGUAAUACGCACUGCCUCACAGAUACAAAGAUGCACAAUUGCGUGGGAAGUGAAAGUGAGAAAAAAAACUCGACAGUUAUGUAAAGUAUCUCCUGCACAAACAAAGUAGUGUCAGCACAGACAGUUGGUGUAUUCUGUUUGGUGGAAUUAGAGGCAUAAAAUUCAGGAACUUGACUGGCAUCAUGAAAGUGAGUACUGCUUUAUAAUGGAGGCAAACUGGAUGGUUUAACUGUGAAGCAGUAAUCCAAUGGUUUUUAAUGUGCAGUAUUGAUGCUCGCAACAAAAUGCCCUACUGUGUCAGUGAGGCAAACAACUACAUAAUUUGUGAUCAAAUUUAAGGUUAAAACAACAGAAACAAUAUAAAGUUCAUUUCUACUCUGGUGAGGUCAGUUGUGUUACUGUAGCCCAGAAUCACAACUUUGUCUCUAAGGUGUUUAAACCUGUGCAGAAUUGAACAUCCUUUAUCCUUAGACUCAUAGGAUUCUGGUGUGAUGGUAGCUGGUACUCACACUUAGGGUCGAUCAGUGUGGUUUAAAUUAAUAUAACAUUAAUAAAGAUGUUGUUUUCUAACCUGUGGGGCGACAGUGGUGCGGUGGGUAGAGCAGUCGUCUCCCAACCAGAAGAUUGAAGGUUUGAAUCUCGGUG